GCAAGAAUCAUUUGUGUGCAGUACAAUAAAUUAAAUGGAUUUUAAAUCCAUUUGAAUAAGUGUGCAACUUUUGGCGGCGUAGCAAGAAAGACUGAUCGCCAACCCGACACACAAUGGACGGGCAAAACGACGAGCAGUUUUGGGCAACUCCUACCAAUCAACAACAGAACAUGUACGAUGGAUUUUCCGAUAAGUCGCAAGUGCUCGAUUUCCAAUCGUUCGAUCAAUCCGGCCAUCCCGUCUAUUGGAAUGGCGAUUACUCGGCUUCGCAGAACACAGACCAGCAGUAUCCCGAUCCAUCCACGCCCGGAGGUGCUGGCGAUCCGUUCGGAACGAUGCAGCAACAGUCGUCCUUCAAUCAAGUUCCGUCGAUAUUCACACCUGGCUACGGUGGAGAUAGCAAUGUUGGGACUGAACCCGGCAUGGGCAUCGAUCCGACAGAAUUUGACGAACCGCCGCUGCUGGACGAGCUGGAGAUCUAUCCGCGCCGUAUCAUGGAAAAAUCGCUCGCCGUGCUGAACCCGUUCCAGGGUCCGGGUGCCCUCGUCGACAGCUCGGACUACUUGUUCAAGGAAACGGACCUGGCGGGACCGAUCACAUUUUGUUUGACCCUCGCCGCUUGUUUGUCGAUUUCCGACAGCAAAGCCCAGUUUGGCUACAUUUAUGGUCUGUCCGCCAUUUCCGUACUCAUGAUGUUUUGUCUCAUAACGCUUAUGUGCAACGUCGUUGAAUCACACGUAACGCUUUCGGCCGUAGCUAGUGUUCUCGGGUACAGCAUUCUGCCGAUCGUGUUUUUGUCCAUGAUAGGGGUGUUUGCUAGGCUGGAUAAUUUCUACGGCAUGGUGGUGGGAGGGGCUGCCAUCCUGCUUGCCACGAUGAGCUCGAGUAGGAUGUUUUGCACCAUGACGGGUGAUCCGCAUCAGCGGUACUUGGUGGCGUAUCCAUGUGCGUUACUGUUUGCGACCUUUUCGCUGCUAGUUUUAUUUUAACCCAUGCUAGUUUUUUUUUAUUAUAGCUCUGAUACUAAUGGUGGCAUUAUCGCAAUCCGUAAAAAGUGUAUGAAAUCUUUAACAAAUUUUUAGAGCAAUGCUAAUAAUCCAUCAUGAGAUAAACAAAUUAAUCACCGAUUAAUUAACAUACCAUGUGGAACAAAAAAAUAAUGCAUUUGUAAAAAUGUAUACUCAGUUCGUUUGGUCUAAUAAAGGUUGUCAUAUA